AUGAAAGGUUUAUUAUACUACGGUAAAGAUGAAUUAAAAUUUUCUAAUGAAAUCCCAAGACCCAAGAUCACUCAUCCUGAAGAGGUUUUGAUUAAAGUUCACUGGUGUGGUAUCUGUGGAACUGAUUUAUUAGAAUACGUCAAAGGACCUGUUUUCUUUGACAAGGUUGGACCACAUGGACACCCAAUCUCUGGUAUCAGGUUACCCCAAACGAUGGGCCACGAAUUAAGUGGUGAAAUUGUUGAAAUUGGUUCGGACGUCGCCAAAAUUAGAUCUGACUUGAACAUUGGUGACAAUGUUGUUUGUGAACCAACUAAUUACUGUAAAGAUAAAAAAAGAUGGCCUGAAUCCGACUCAAGUUUAAGAGCUUUGAAAACCGGUACUUCUGAAUGUGAAGCCUGCAGAUUAGGAUUAACAAACUUGUGUGAAGAUAAUGGAUUAUUUGGAUUGGGUGUUCACAAUGGUGGAUUAGCCGAGUAUAUUGUUGUUGCAGCCCACCAUAUUGUUAAAGUUCCAUCGUUUGUUCCAUUGGACUGUGCUGCUUUAGUCCAACCAUUGUCUGUUUCUUACCAUGCCUUUAGAGUCAAUGAUUUCAAAGAGGGCUCAAGUGCUUUAAUCAUCGGUGCUGGUGCAAUCGGAUUGGGCUGUAUUUUAGCAGCCAAUGCCUUUGAUGCAUCCAAAGUUGUUUGUUCCGAACCUGCAAAGAUUAGAAGAGAACAAGCUGAAAAGUUUGGCGUUACACCAUUCAACCCAAUGGACUACAGAAGCAAUGAAGAAGCAAUUAGAGAAUUGAAAAAGCUAUCACCAGGUGGAUCUGGGUUUGACUAUGCAUUUGACUGUUCAGGAUUGCCAAUAACAUUCAAUACUGGAUUGGCAGCAUUGAAGCCAAGAGGAACAUUGGUCAACUUGGCCAUUUGGCCUCACAAACCAAUUGAUUUUUACCCAAUGGCCAUGACUAGCGGUGAAAAGAGAAUUACUGGGUCAAUGUGUUAUACAAUUGAAGAUUUCGAAGGUAUAAUUGAUUGUAUGGCCAAGGGUAAGAUGCCAAUUGAACAUUUGAGAGAGUUUAUUACUAAAAAAGUGCCAAUUGAAGAUGGAGUUGAAGGUGGAUUUAUUGAUUUGAUUAAGAAUAAAGAUAUUCAUAUUAAGAUUUUAAUAUCACCAAUGACUGAAAAUGGCGAAAUUACCGAAGAAGGGUAUAUCGAAGAACAACAAUAA